AUGAAGCCGCUGGAGAAGUUGCUGAAGAAGCCGGGUUCGCACCUGCCCGCCCGCCCCACCGCCGCACCGGCACCGGCACCGGGGCAGGGAUCGGCACCGGGGCCGCGGCGGCAGAGCCUGUCGCGUUCGCCCGCCUCCCCCGAGGAACCGGCGGGGCCGCAGCCGGGGGGCGAGGGCCGCUGGUUGGAGCUGCGACCGCCCGAGGCACCCCUCCGUUCUCCCGAAGAGCCGUCCCCGGGCGGCGACCGGGACCGGGACCGGGAGCCACCGAGCCCGGAGCCGCCUCCCGCCGCCCGCUGCUGCUGCGGCUGCGGCUGCGCCCCCGCCGCGCCCGCGCCCCCCGAGCGGCUCCUGGCCGCGCUCCUCGAGCGGCUGCCGGCGGGCGGCGCGCACGGCCGCGGCUGCGGAGCAGAGUCGCUGCUGGACGACAUCGUGCUCACGCACUCGCUCUUCCUGCCCACCGAGCGCUUCCUGCAGCAGCUGCACCAGCACUUCGUGCUGGCGGUGGGCAGCCCCCCGCCGCGCUGGGAGGAGGGGGCCGGGCUGCGGCGCAAGCGGGCAGUGCUGGCCGUGCUGCUGCAUUUCCUCGAGACCUACAAGGGGCUGCUGCAGGAGGAGGAGAGCGCCGGGAAGGUGAUCAAGGAGCUCUACCUGCUCAUCAUGAAGGACACGUCCCUCUACCAUGACCUGGAGGAUGAGAUCCUCAAGCUGCACCAGCUCGUGGAGACCGUGGAGCUCAAGGUGGCCGACGAGACGCCCCCCCCGAACAAGCAGGUGAAGCCGCUGUUCAGGCACUUCCGCCGCAUCGACUCGUGCCUGCAGACGCGGGUGGCUUUCCGGGGCUCCGACGAGAUCUUCUGCCGCGUGUACAUGCCCGACCACUCGUACGUCACCAUCCGCAGCCGCCUCUCGGCCUCGGUGCAGGACAUCCUGGCCUCCGUCACCGAGAAGCUGCAGUACUCGGAGGAGCAGAGCGCCCGCGAGGACGCCCUCAUCCUCGUCACCAUGGCCUCAUCCGGAGAGAAAGCGGUGCUGCAGCCCAGCGAGGAGUGCGUCUUCACCACCCUGGGCAUCAACAGCCACCUCUUCGCCUGCACCAGGGACACCUUCGACUCCCUGGUGCCGCUCCCCGAGGAGAUCCAGGUGGUCCCGGGGGACACGGAGAUCCACCGUGCGGAGCCGGAGGAGAUCGCCAACCACCUCACCGCCUUCCACUGGGAGCUCUUCCGCUGCAUCCACGAGCUGGAGUUCGUGGACUACGUGUUCCACGGGGAGCGGGGACGGCGGGAGACGGCCAACCUGGAGCUGCUGCUGCAGCGGUGCAGCGAGGUGCAGCACUGGGUGGGCACCGAGCUGCUGCUCUGCGAGUCGCUGGGCAAGCGCGCCCACCUCCUCAAGAAGCUCAUCAAGAUCGCCGCCAUAUGCAAGCAGAACCAGGACAUGCUCUCCUUCUACGCCAUCAUCAUCGGGCUCAACAAUGCCGCCAUCAGCCGCCUGCGCCUCACCUGGGAGAAGCUCCCGGGGAAAUUCAAGAACCUGUUUCGGAAGUUCGAGAACCUGACGGACCCCUGCAGGAACCACAAGACCUACCGGGAGGUGCUGGCCAAGAUGAAACCCCCCCUCAUCCCCUUCGUGCCGCUCAUCCUCAAAGAUCUGACCUUCCUGCACGAAGGCAGCAAGACCCUCCUGGACGGGCUGGUCAACGUGGAGAAGCUGCACUGCAUCGCCGAGAAAGUGAGGACCAUCCGGAAGUACCGGAGCCGCCCGCUCUGCCUGGAGCUGGAGGCCUCCCCCAGCCAGCUGCAGACCAAGGCCUACGUGCGGCAGCUGCGGGUCAUCGACAACCAGAACCUGCUCUUCGAGCUCUCCUACAAGCUGGAGCCCGGCAGCCAGUGA